UGUUGCUCAGUGUUUCUCCCUGUGCGUGGAGCUGUGAGCAGGAAGUUCAGUUCCCUCUCUGACAUUUCAUUGCUCCGUUGCAGCUGCUGCUCAGGAGGAACUUAACGCCCAGUUGCACACAGGAAGUGGAGGCGGUGGACAGGGAUGGCCGGGAGGCAGCUGGACUUGGGGCCGCUGAAGGAGCCCAUCGGCUUCAUCAAAAUCUUGGAGUGGAUAUUUGCAAUUUUUGGAUUUGCAACAUGUGGUGGAUUCAGUGGCAGAACUGCAUUGGAUAUGAAAUGCAAGAACACUAAUGUCACCCAUCGAUUUACUGCAAUAUUCCAAUACCCAUUUAGGUUGAACAAUAUUUUGAUUGUCUCCAAGAAUACCUGCAAUCAAACUGAAGAUACCUACCUAGUUGGAGAUUUAUCAUCCUCUGCUGAGUUUUUUGUUGCAAUUGGAGUGUUAGCCUUUCUCUACUGUAUGGCCGCCCUUGUUCUGUACAUUGGGUACCUCCAUGUCUACCGUGACGGCAGCCGUGGGCCAAUGAUUGACUUCGUUGUGACGGUUAUUUUUGCCUUCUUGUGGUUGGUCUCCUCUUCAGCUUGGGGGAAAGGCCUAACUGAUCUCAAAUACUCUACAAAUCCAGAAACCAUCAUAAAAAGUGUUGCAGUUUGCAUUGGAUUGGCUGAAUGUUCUUCAGCAGGCGUGUCUGGCAUGGGAAGCUUGAAUGUUUCUGUGGUGUUUGGUUUCCUCAACCUGAUCCUGUGGUGUGGAAAUGCAUGGUUCGUGUACAAGGAAACCAGCUGGCAUGCUCCACCAGAACCACCUCGGCAGGAUCCAGGGAAUGUGGCAGCACCACCUCAAAAUCCAUAAUGGUGUAAUUGGAAAAUUGUUGAGGCAUGUGUUUGCAAACUCACUAAAACAUACAGUAGGUUUCAUAAUUACUCAUAACACUGCAUUAGCUUGUUGGGAAAAUGUGUCUGUUGUAUUUACUAUUUGUGCUGUUGUGUCAUAUGCCUUUUUGGGAGGUGGGGGUGGAAAAAGAUGAAUGUGUGUAGUCCCAUUUAAUUUGGGGUUUACAAUGAAAGAAUGUGCCGACAUUGUCAAUAAUAGUGUUCUUAAUCUGUUAAACAACAUAUAUGUAACACAGUGAAGCCCUUUCAAGAUCCAUCUAACAAGCCAGCUAUUUUCUGCCUCAGGUGGUGUUUACUACAAGAGUAUUUAUCAUGUAUGCUUAAAACCUCUAAAUGAUCAGUAACUGACUACCUGCUAAAUUUACUCUCUCCCCAUCUCUCAUCCUGAUGGGAAGUAUAAAAGAUAUGAUUUGCAUAUAUUAACAAGCUAUUCUGGAAUAUAAAAAGUAGGGGAUUGCUCUUGAACCUCUUUCAGCUGAAUAGGAUGCAUGGUUUUGAUUUUUUGUCUUUUGUAUGGUUAGUCUUACACUUGAUUUACAUUGUACUGAAUACAAAUAGCUUGGCACGUGAAAGAUGUUGAUUUUUAAUGGGCUGUGCUCUACUACACAAAGCCAUCAGAAUGAAAGCAUUUUUAUUACCUUACUGAAAACGCAUCAGUUUUGGUUUUUUUUUUGUUGCUUUUUGUUUUCUUGUACAGAAAUUAUGGAAAGAGUGUUAAAGAAAUUAUCUCUUGGCCAAAUCUGCACUUGCUUUUUUCACAGUGGUGUGAAAUCAUUAGUUUCUUUGGUGCAGCACUUGAUGAAUAGCACUUUCUCAAGUUUUAUGUGGCUCCACUCUAGGCUUGCCUGACUUGGCUUUCCAGUUCAGAAAAGUAGAAAUCCUAAUUAUCAUAAUGACCCACUUUCAUUGUAAAUUACAUCUUUUGUAAAAUGAAGGUUGUUUGGUAUAAGCUUGAAAAUAUUUAUGUUUCUAAGUCCUUGCUUGCUUUAUUUUGCAGUCUUAAAAUAUAUUGGUUUCUGACUGAUGCUGUGUUCAAUGGUUAAGGGCUGUCCGCAUGAUGUGGUAAAUUACCAAAUGUAUUUGAGCUUUUUUAUAUAGAUACAUGUAUACACGUAUAUAAACUGUCUCUCCAUUUUUGAUUUUACAACUAUGCUUUUUGCAGUUAAUCCUUCACUUUGUUAGAAGCUUAAGGAGGGGCAGGGCAAAAAAGAGGAAAAAAUUGAUUUGCUUCAUAGCCGUUGUCAAAAGAUCAAUGUAAUAAUUCCAGAUUUUCACUGAACUUAAGUGCCUUUUCCUCAUCAGACACUGGCUUGUACUUUGAAAAUGAGAUCCUCAGAACAGUCCAUGUAUUUGGUUGGUGCUGCUGAAGGACAUACUAUCACCUCAAAGCUAUGUCAAGUAUUUUGCCAAACUUGGUAAAUGUUUUGGCCUCGUGAGAUGGUCUGUUCUGAUGUUAACGGCCUCUGUUUAAGAAUUCAGGAAAAAUAAAUAAAAGAUUUUCUGUU